AGCCCCCUAGCACCGCGUGCCCCCCUGGCACCCCACAGCAGAGCCUUUGGCACUUCAGCAGUCUGCAGGAGCACCUUCAACGUGCAGGAUGGCAGCGACUUCCAGGACCGGGUGGUGAACAACCCCAAACCUGUCGUGGUGGACUUCCACGCGCAGUGGUGUGGCCCCUGCAAGAUCCUGGGCCCCAGGUUAGAGAAGAUGGUGGCGAAGCAGGAGGGGAAGGUGCUGAUGGCCAAAGUGGACAUUGACGAUCACACAGACCUUGCUAUUGAGUACGAGGUGUCAGCAGUACCAACCGUGCUGGCUAUGAAGAACGGAGACGUGGUGGAUAAGUUUGUGGGGAUAAAGGACGAGGAUCAGCUGGAGGCAUUCCUCAAGAAACUCAUUGGAGCCUGAAGCAAGAGGGUGGCUCUACCUCUGUCUCUGGACACUUCCACGUUGUGCAUUCCUGGGAGAGCCAAGGGGCAUGUGAGCUGCCUGACUUUGUACAACCUGGGGUUUUCUUCUGGUUUGGGGUCUUUAGGAAACGGACAGUGUUGUAACCCUUUCCCUCCCACUCCCCUUUCUCUCGAGCAGCAGCAGUUGUAAAGGGUGCCAAGGAGUGGGGCUGCUUAUUCUCAAAACGGGGAAUGCGGCUGGAAUUAGGAGCCUGUGUUUAUCAGCAAAGAGCUGACGUGCGGAGCUGCUGCUGUGUAAGAGGAGGAACGUUUUUCCCUUUGCCUAGCAUCUGAUAGCCCAGAGCAGAGGGCAGCUGCUCCCUGCAAGAUGUGGGUACAUACCUGCCCUGGGUGGGUUUGUUUAAAGCUGAGAAUGCCUCUGCCUUGUCUGUGGAACCUGCCUCUUUGUCCCUUUGUCCUUGUGUCACUGGGACAGGUAUAAUUCCUCCACUAAUCCAUGGGCUCCCGUCAUAAUUUUAUAAGAGAAAAUAGAGAUAAGUAUUUUAUGGAUCUCCUUUUGUAGGUCUGUAAUAAAGAGAACUUUAUCGGUCGCUGCUCUCUUGCUGGAGAAUAAAACUCGAUUC